UUAUCACAUAUGAGAUAGGAUAUCAUAUCUUACAGUCUGGUAACUGCUCAAUAGUAGAUGAUGAUGACAUUGAUAUUCAAAUGCUACAGUUAUCUAAUUCAACCAAUGGCAAUACAUUUAUUAACAUCACUGGUCUUAAUGAUAUUUCUUGUUAUAUUUUUGGUGUACGUGCAUACACUGAUAAUGGAUAUGGAGAAUGGACAGCUAUUGCUAAUGAGACACUAGAGAUACCCCCACUACCGUCACCUUCCCUAAUAUCAACUACUCAAUACUUCACUACAUCAAGUGUCAUUUCCUCCUCUGUAUCUACUACUAGGGACACCUCUACUACCACAAGUUUAGUGCAACCAUCGACAACGGCAUCAACUUCUCCACCUGCUGUAGCAGGUGAUACAGGCUUGUCUCCAGUAGUAUUAGGAGGUGCUGGAGGUGGUGCUCUAGUUGGAAUAUUAAUAGUAAUAGUGCUCAUACUGAUUGUUGUACUUGUACUAAGACGAAAGAAAAGAAGUAAAGAUACAUUAUACAUCAGUGGUGGUGCUAGUGUCAAGAAAGAUGUAAUAAAUGACAUACCUUUAUUGGAGCAAAAAACAUCUCUCACCAGUGAACCAGAAUAUGAAGCAAUGACAGCUUCACUAACAGUAGAAGUCACAGAGGCUAAUGAUCUAUAUACAACCGUUGAUACAGCUAAGGAGGACCCACUGUAUGCUAAUGUUGAACAGAAGGGAGCUAAUGGAGUGGCAGGAGCUCCUCCAGCAUUUGAUCCUCGCAUUCCCAAUACUUGUUCUGUGUCUAUUAGUGAUCUUGGUACUCAUGUUGCCAGCUAUCAUAGUGACAAUAACACUGCUUUCAAUCAGCAAUACCAGGAACUUUACACAGGUGAAGAUUUGCCUACUACUGUUGGCUUUAGCGAGCAAAAUAAGCCAUUUAACAGGUUUAAAAACAUAGCACCAUAUGAUGAGCAUAUGAUUGUGCUCCAGAAAAAGCCAAAUAUGGAGUUGUGUGAAAGGGAAUAUAUUAAUGCCACAUACAUUGAUGGAUACAGUAGUGCUAAUAAGUUUAUAGCAGCUCAAGGUCCAAUGAAGAAGACAUUAGUUGAUUUCUGGCGUCUUAUCUGGCAGGAGAAGCCAGUGUCUAUUGUAAUGGUAACCAACCUGAAGGAAGGAACUAAGAGCAAGUGUGAGCAGUACUGGCCUAAUGGUAGAGCCGAGAGUGAAGAAUUUGGACCUUUCUCUGUCACACUUGUUGACGAACAGGUCUUACCUGAUUUUGUUAUAAGAAGCAUCACUGUACCUAAUGAUGUGCACUGUAAUUCUGCUAAAGCUCACGCCACCAAGAACAGAUCAAAUAAAUACCUACCACCUGACAAGUUUAUUGUAGCUCUUAAAGAAGCCAAUGGCUACAUUAAUGCAUCAUAUCUUAAUGGUUAUCGUGAGAAGAGGGCAUUCAUUAUAGCUCAGAGUCCUAUGGAAAAUACUGUCAGAGACUUCUGGAAGAUGAUAGUGGACUAUAAAGUGUCUGCUAUUGUCAUGCUCUGUGGAGAAGAGGAUUGCUGCUAUCCAUAUUGGACUGGUCCAAAGACACAUGAUGACUUUGUUGUAGAAAUUACCAAUGAAAUAAAAUCAAAUGGUUACAUGGAAAGAAUGUUUAAGGUGUCCUUUGAUAAAGAAAGCAGAAACGUAUUGCAGUUGCAAGUGACAGAUUGGCCUCAAGAUGGAGUUGUUAGGGAACCACGUACUGUCCUACAAGUUAUUGAUGAUGUUAUACACAGACAACAAAAGAUUGGAGGAGGACCAGUAGUGGUACACUGUAGUGAUACAGUGAGUCGUUCAGGAGUGUAUUGUUCAGUGAGUAUUGGUCUAGAACAGUGUAAGGCAGAAGGUGUAGUGGAUGUGUUUCAAGUGACUAAAGCUGUGAGAAGGAGUAAACCAGGAGCUGUGACUACACUGGUAUAUACUAGAUAUAUGAGUGGGUACUAGUGUAUUAAUGAUAUUAUCUGUUUACAGGAGCAGUACACUUCCAUAUAUGAUGUGAUUGACAUGUACCUUCAGAUGAACAGCAUGUAUGGAAACUUCUCAAUUAACAAACAAUAGCAGUAUUAUACUGAUGAUAUUAAUAUUUUUAUUGCAAAUACUUUUAAUGUCUCACUUUUUAUUAGAGAUUUUGUUUUAGUUAUGCAUUUAUUUUCCUGCCGUAAAUCA